UGCUGGUUGCGGAAAUCUGGUAUGAGGUAGGUGAGAGGAAAAAUACUGGACCGGGAAGGACUCGGAUCUCGAUGAAAUUCAGUCUGCAAGUAGGAGGAGGCUGAGUAGCAGUCAUGUGACGCUAAUGCUGCUACUGCAUCAGUUAGUCCCUGACAUCAGAAUCUGGGCUCUGCUGCUGUCAGAUGCCAACGCAUUCUUCGCUUCGCUUGUCCCCUUCAGUCACAGGCCAGGAGAGGUGCGUGUGCAGCUAUGAAACCAGUUCUCAACUGACGUCGUCUCACCAGAGCAAUUUGCACCUUCCCAGCUGGCUGCUGCAGAAAUGGAAAAUGCUGAAGUGGCUAUAAGCAGCUGCAGCUCUCAUGAUGAUGGUAAUCUUUACAGCUACAAACGACACCAGUCUGUUUCACAGGAGCUGCUUCUGGAAGACCAGCUUAGAAGAAAGCUUAAAUUUUUUUUCAUGAACCCAUGUGAGAAAUUUUGGGCCCGGGGCAGAAAACCUUGGAAACUUGGGAUUCAACUUUUAAAAAUAGUGAUGGUUACCAUUCAGUUAGUAGUUUUUGGGCUAAGCAAUCAAAUGGUGGUUGCCUUCAAAGAGGAGAAUACUGUGGCAUUCAAGCACCUCUUCUUGAAAGGGUAUACAGAAAGAAUGGAUGAUACCUAUGCUGUAUACACACAGGCAGAUGUCUACGAUCAGAUCUUCUUUGCAAUAAACCAGUACUUACAGCUGAACAACAUUUCUGUUGGAAAUCAUGCUUAUGAGAGGAGAGGAGCAGAACAGACAGCUAUGGCAAUCUGUCAACAGUUCUACAAGCGAGGGAGCAUCUGUCCAGGAAACGACACCUUUGAUAUUGAUCCCAACAUUGAAACAGAAUGUUUCUAUGUUGAGCCAAUGAUGCCUUUUGAAAACAGAACACUUGGGAAGCACACAUUCAAUUUCACUCUGGACUUCCAUAGACUUGUGACCAUACAGCUUACCUUCAAACUGAAAGCAAUCAAUCUCCAGACGGUUCGUCACCAUGAACUCCCAGAUUGUUAUGACUUUACUUUGACAAUAGUGUUUGAUAACAAAGCACAUAGUGGAAGAAUCAAAAUAAAUCUGGACAAUGAUAUUGCCAUCCGGGAAUGUAAAGACUGGCAUGUUUCUGGAUCCAUACAAAAGAAUACUCAUUACAUGAUGAUCUUUGAUGCCUUUGUCAUACUGACUUGUUUAGCCUCACUGAUGCUCUGCAUACGGUCAGUAGUUAAAGGAAUUAGGCUCCAAAGGGAAUUUGUAAGUUUUUUCCUACAUCACUACAAGAAAGAAGUAUCUUUCACUGAUCAAAUGGAAUUUGUUAAUGGGUGGUACAUCCUGAUUAUUGUUAGUGAUGUUUUAACUAUUGUUGGUUCAACACUAAAAAUGGAAAUACAAGCUAAGAGUCUGACAAGUUAUGAUGUCUGUAGUAUCCUCCUAGGAACUUCCACUAUGCUUGUGUGGCUUGGAGUUAUUCGAUACCUAGGUUUCUUUCAGAAGUAUAAUCUGCUUAUUCUGACACUACGAUCAGCAUUGCCCAAUGUCAUUCGAUUCUGCUGUUGUGCUGCUAUGAUCUAUCUGGGCUAUUGUUUCUGUGGCUGGAUUGUACUGGGACCAUAUCAUGUUAAGUUUCGGUCUCUGAACAUGGUUUCAGAAUGCCUUUUCUCACUGAUCAAUGGAGAUGACAUGUUUGCCACUUUUGCAAAAAUGCAGCAGAAAAGCUACAUGGUUUGGUUAUUCAGUCGGCUCUACCUCUACUCUUUCAUCAGCCUGUUUAUCUAUAUGGUGCUAAGUCUUUUCAUUGCACUCAUUACAGAUACAUAUGAAACAAUUAAGCAUUACCAGCAAGAUGGCUUUCCAGAGACGGAACUUCACGAGUUUGUAUCACAGUGUAAAGAUCUACCAAACUCAGGCAGAUACAGAUUAGAAGAGGAGAGUCCGGUGUCAAUCUUCUGCUGCUGUAAAUGUAUCAGUCAUUAAGGAAUGGAUCUGAAUUGUUUUGAUGACUUCAUAUUAAUGACAUCAAGUUAAAAGGGUUACUUUCCUGAAGAUAGCUGACAGCUUUCUUGAAGAUCCUAAUGAAGAUAUUUACAUUCACACAUUCUUGUAUUUGAGACUUUUUAAAAACUGCACAAGAACUAAACAGAAAAUAACUGGAAAAUUCCUGAACUUAAAGCUCAAACUUUGUGUUCUUGAAAAUAAUGUAACCUGUUGAAGUUUGUGAAAUGUGAACCUCAGACUAAUCAUUAUCUCUAUUUUUAGGUUGCAUUUUUUUAAGCAAAUAGUUCUACUUCUUUCAUAAUCAAGUAGCAAUGGAACCUGAAUGUAAAAGGGCAUUAUGAAACCAGCUAUGCACUGUGACCUGGCUAGACUAUCCAAUUACUCCAGUAGAUCCAAAAAUUAAAUAAUUGGCCAAUGGCAACGUCAAACAUUUGUUCUUGAUGCUACAGGCAUUUAUGCUACAGGCAUUUAUAUAUGGAUCAGCAUUCAUUUGAGUUACAGUAUUUAUUGUCAAAGGCCGCUGGUGCCUAUUGAUUUUUCUAGUUGCCUAUAAUAAUAGUGGGGGGAAAAAAGAAGCAAAAUUGAGUUUCAGUAAAACGUACUUGGUAAAUUUGCCCUUGGAAGCAGUGUAGUGGAAUACCAAAUGUUCAAAUCUGGCACGGGACACAAACUAACAGAUAAUUUUGCAAAUGAGUCACUCACCUGACAUAACAGUCUUUGUAGAAAUGCCAGAGUACGUAGCCAGGAAAAGAGGAGGUUGGGCUGAAGUGUUGUAGCGUAGCUGAGCUGAGCAACCUUACACAGUUUACUACACUCACUGCUGGGUAGCACAAGGCAUGUAACCUUUCACUUUUUAGCAGAAUGCCGACCUACAUAUUUUUUUUUUAAGGUGAGACAAAAGAGAAACAUAAUAGCAACAAAAGUACUUCAUAAUUAUCCACUUUUAUUAAAUAAAUCCUCUAUCGCACAAGUCUUCAGAUCAUUUCUGGAGCUGAAAUUAAAUUAGACAUAUGGUGGUUUUGGCUAACAAAUUUUGGAGAGUGGAUGUUUGGAGUGAUUAUCUGCUGCAGUCAGAAAAUCCGCCAUAAUUACGAUCUAAUGUUCAAAGAUGACAAUUCUGAGCUAUUGAGCGGUCUAUUCUUUUGCUUUAGAACCAUUUUAAAGGAAACUUUAUUCUACAUAACAUGUUCACCUGGGAAGCAGAAUACAAAAAUGGAGGUGUAUAUUUUAUGAUCGCAUGUACAAGAGCAAAAAUCCUUUGGGUGUAGAAAAAUCCUUUUUAUAUACCAUGUACAAACUGGGAAGAUGUUAAACAUGUUGUUGUGCUAUUGUGUUACCUUUUUGUAGGCAAGUGCUAAAAUAAACAUUUGAAUUGAAAGUAAAUCCUGAGAAAAUCAGUAUUGACAUUAAGAUGACCGU